AUGACACCUACCAACAAUGCUGACAGUCGUUCCAUAGAGCUACAAAUAUUGGAAAAAGUCAAAGAAUCGUUUCCACUGAUAGAAAUCGAUGAAGAAGCAUUAAUCAACUGGGAAGUGGAAUUGUCAGAAAACAUUGAGAACUACGGGAUUGAGACAACAAUUGCAAACAUAGUGCAUUAUGAUCUGGAGAAUGUGAUGCUACCUCUCAAUCACGAUAUAGGGGCUUUGCUAUCCUCGAUAUCCGAGACAUUCCACGACGGAAAUAUGUUUGGCUGCAUUGCCUUGGAGAUAAUACAUUCCCUACUAUCUCGAAGCCAAAUUCUCCGAAUAGAAAAUCAUAAGAACCUACCGAUACUAGUUGAACAGUACAUGAGUCUUUUGAAAAGCAAUGGCAGUAAUGCUUUGCUAGAUUCGCUCAAGAAGUUAAUCCUAAUCUUGAUGGAGCUCGGUUGUGACGUGAAUACAUUCCAAAAUCUCGUCUCCCCGUUGUACACAGAAACGAAUGGUUUGGUGUGUCAGGACUUGUUCGAACUCUUCAAUCAAAUUUUGGAGAAAUAUCCAACCCAUUAUCCAUUCGUACUCACGAACCAGCAAAUUAACUUUCCCAUUUCAACUGCCAUCAAUAAAUCAUUCUCAAUAUACGGAUGGAUUAAAUUAACUAACGCUAACAGUCUGAGCAAUAAUUUUUGCAUUGCAUCCUUAUCAAGCUCAGAUUCAUCCACAAGCUCUGUUUUCUCACUUAGAAUCCUCAACGGAAACCAGAUAAUGGUGGAGUUAAAAAAUCCGGUAAAUAAAUCAAGGUCACAAUUCACCUUCAACUACAUCCUUAACGAAGCUUUCGAUGAACCAUUUCAACUUGUUUUAACAUUUGAUGAGAGAAGUAAUCUCAAUCUAUACAUUAAUGGGGAGUAUCACGAAAGCAUUCCAUGUGUGGGUCUUCACAAGGAUAGUGUUAGCUGGAAUAAGAUCUCGAUUGGUGAAACAAAUUGCGGGUUAGUUGUCAGAAAUAUUACUUUGUGCAAUGUGAGUCUAGCUUGUGAGUUGAUUGAAUGCUUAUUUUGCAUGGGACUUGGCACCAAUUUUCGGCUUUCCACUUUGAACGAAGCAACUUUAUCAAAUUUAAAAGCACAACUAUCGCACAAUACUUUAUUUGCUUUCACAAGGAAACAAAUUGUUUCUAAACGUUUAGAAGGUAAAUCAAGCAAUCAAAAGGGGAGACCGACUCCAGCCAAAUACAAACGUGAUAAAAACGAAUCAGAAGAUUUGCGUAUAACAUUUAUGCGCAAGUUACAGAAAGGAGUGCAUCAGUGUGCUGUUAAUGAACAGAAUGUGCUUUUUGAUAGCAAUGAUGUGUUCAGUGACAUGUAUCAAAGUAUCAACCCAGGCGGCAACAUCGUCUCAAAGAUUAUGUUUUGUAAUCCAACUUCGUUACAUCAUCAUUUUCAUACACUUGGGGCAUUGCCUCGGUUACUAGAGACUAUGGAGGAUGCUUGCAAAUUGCACGACGAAUCGUUGAGAGACUCCCUCAUUUUGAGAACUUUAUCGUUGUUGUUUAAACUUAUCUCCAAUGAUUGGAGACUUUGCAAACAUUUUGAAGAAUUCAAUGGCUAUAACUUGCUAGGACUCGUACUUUUUCAAUACAAAGCUGUCAAUCCAAGUCUUACUUUCCACGUUGACGAUGGAGCUUCGGAGCACAAUGAUGUUGAAAAUUCUGGAUGCCACAGCCAAAAUUUAUUAAAUACAUUGUUAGAAUAUUGUGGUUUUGAUUUUGCUAACUCGACUAAAUCUGUUAUAAUCGAUUUCAAUUGCUACAGAACGUUGAUUUUGAAUUUUGACUUGUUCUACCAAACAGACUCAUUCAAUUUUCUUCUUUCCCAUGUGUAUCCAUUGGUUGCAACUUCCGACUACAGACAGCAAAACCUCUUUUACAUAAGAAAAGCAAAUUUAUUGAAAAGGUUGUUACAUUUUCUCAAGAGUACCAAAGUCAAAGAUGAUUCAUUAUCACCAAACUUUGAGCAAAAGUUAUUGCGAUUGGUAACGACAAUUUUACCGUUAGAUGCAACUGCGGAAUCCAUUCUAGUAGUAUCAUCUUACAUCGUGUUUGCCAUCUAUAAUCCCAAAACCUCAAAAACCUGUGCAAUUGCUGUUUUGAAGGCUCUCACAAAUUUUAUAUGUGAUCCAGAAACACCUAUCAAAGUUUUGAAGAAAUUUUCGCGGUCAAUCACUAUUCACUGGAUCAAUCUUUUAUUCAAAAGUGAGAUCGAGGUCGCGGUGUGUUGUGGAGUGCGAUUACUAACGCGAUUAUUGAGCGUCUUGGGAAAGCAUAUUGUUACUCGAUUCUUUCUGCAAAACCACGGGCUUGAUAUGUUGACGCUGUCCCUUGAGUCUUGGUGGAAAAGUGGGAACGUUAUGACAGCAAUUAUCCAUGCCUCCUUUGGCAUUUCACAAUUCCAUUACGACAUGAAAGAUUCUAAUAUGGACGGUGUUGAUAUUCGUAUUCCCGAAUUUCUAUCGCUUCUCAACGAAUUGGAAUUGAAUGCGAUGUAUUCUUUGAGUACCAGUUUUGGUAUGAGUGUGGGAAGUGCUCCCUCCACUCCAGUUAAAAAAAACUCUCCAGAGGAUGUAUCCUUAUCGUUCAAUGUCCUUCAUCUGAUAAAUUUGUACUGCAACUGGCUAGAGAAGUUCAAUGUGUUGUCAAAAAUGGAAAAACUGCCACAAUUUAUGGAUGGAUUAAUACGUAUUUUAGGGUACUUGAAGCUUAGCUUGGUAUGGUUUUCGGAUGAGACAACCCUAAAUGGUUUUGCCUCGCUUUUUACACGUCUCCUGGAUAUAAUAACUCAAUACUUUACUUCCAGGCUACUGUAUAACAGGUUUGAGGCCUCAUUCAGCGCAUUGAGCGACUUUAGCAAGCUUUUAUCAUUAGAUUACAUUUUUCCCAAAAUUUUUGAGCAAAUUAGAGACUUUAUCACUGUUGCGAACUUCAUUCAUGAUGAGGCUCUGUUUUCAAAAAACUUAGCAACGAUGUUGAUUAUAUUUCACAAAGAUUUUUCAAGUAAAUCCUAUUUUGUUGCAACAAAAAACUUGCAAGAUUGUGUAGCGUGUCAAGCUGUAUUGUUGGAAAGGAAUCAAACGAAAGAAGUGAAGAUGUUGGAUCACAUCUUGUCUGAAAGUGUUUUAUUGUUACUUCUGCAGAUUGCGUGCGAGAUGGACAUUGCAUUCGGUUCCAGCUCGGAACAAUUGACGAUCUUGCUCAAGGAACUUCUUUACAGACAGGUGACAGUUUUCAAUAAGGUCUUGCUUGGACCAGAUCUGUUGGUGUCUAUCAUCAAGCUCAUCCUAGGCAUGGUGUUAACAAAUGGGCCCAAUGAUGAAAAGGUGUCGAUUGAAAUCACGUUCAGUUUUCUCAGAACAGCAUACUUGCAGUGGAUGGAUGAUUUUCCACAAAUAGUACUGAACUUAGGUUUUGACACAAAUUUGAUGAAUGAGUUUUUCACAAAUUUGAUGACAAGAGAUGAUAAUGACACCUUGUCAAAGCUAAAAAAAUAUCCUCCUAUUGUCAAGAGCAUUUUGAAAGACUAUCAGGCAUUAAAGCAAGAAUAUUUAAAGCAAGAGCGUUUGAAAGUAUCAAGCAUUGUGAAAGUUAGUCUUCAUAGUGGAGCAAAGCUUGCCCAAACCAAUAGUAUAUACGUGAAAAGCUUUGAAAAUGAUUGUCAAGUUAUGAAAAGACAAACCUUGAAAUCAGAGAGGAUCAAGUACAAUCGAACUGUUCAAGAUCGUAAUGAAAACAUGUCUCAAUACAAUCAAGUCUACCAAUCUUUGAAGCGUGAAACAGCACGAAUCUUUGGUUUUUAUGUCCCCGAUUGUUGCAUGCUUGAUUACAUCGAAAACGAUGACAGGAUGCGACCAAGAUUUGUGAUUGAAGAUCUUUUGUCUGAAUCGGAAAAACCAAGCUAUGAAGUACAAGUACCUUUGGUACAAUCUGAUGUUGAAACGACUCUGUCGAAUGAGUCAAACUUUACUGUUGUUCCUAACGGCAUUGAUACGUUGGAUUUGUCAAACGAGCUUUUAGGAAGUAUGACCAAUUCUUCAGAUACAUCGACUAGUCAAGACAGUAGUAACGAUGAUGAAAGCGAUGAAAAUUUUGAUGACAAGAACAGGAGAGUUAGUAGAAGCCUAUUCGUUGGUGAUCAAAUUGUGUCACUUUGGAAUGUAUGCCAAAUUAGCGGAUUGGUGCCGGUGGAAAGUUUGUUGAUUUUGGGAUCAAAAUAUUUGUACUUGAUUGAAAAUUAUUUCCACGAUAGGGAUGGGAAUAUUGUUGAUGUAAACGAUGCUCCCAAGGAAUUGAGGGACCCGAUCAUGCAGUUGGUUAACUUGCAAUCAAGCAAGUUAGAAUUAAUGAGUCACUCUCAUAGAACCAAGAGCUGGGGUUUGAAAAAAUUGAGUUGCAUAUCGAAACGCCAGUUUUUGCUCCGUGACAACGCACUUGAAAUGUUUUUCAGUGAUGGUUCCAACAUUUUGAUAACGUGUUCAACAACGAAGGAAAGUAGCGUUAUUUACAACAAAUUGUCUCGCUAUGCUACUGGUAAAGACAUCGAGCCUGAUCUCGCGCAAGCAUUGACACUGAAUUCAAACACUGUGCACAAUGAGAGCAUCUCCUCCAAAUUGGUGUCUGCAUUUUCCAAUACUUCGCUCAAUAGCUAUCUUUAUCUGUCGGCGACCAAGAGGUGGAGAAUGGGAGAGAUUUCGAAUUUUUAUUACUUGAUGAUUAUAAACACGUUAGCAGGAAGAACGUUCAAUGAUUUAACACAGUAUCCGGUAUUUCCUUGGGUGAUUGCAGAUUACACUAGCGAGACUUUGGACUUGGCUGACCCUAAAACAUUUAGAGACUUGUCAAAGCCUAUGGGUGCACAAACUCCUAGUAGGGCUAAUCAGUUUGUUGAAAGAUUUGAUGCAUUGGCUAGUUUGGACGAUCGAGAAUCACCCCCUUUCCAUUACGGAACACAUUAUUCAUCCGCCAUGAUUGUCACAUCCUAUUUGAUUAGGUUGAAGCCAUAUGUUCAAUCUUACCUCCUACUACAAGGAGGGAAAUUUGAUCACGCCGACAGACUUUUCAAUUCAGUCGAGAAAGCAUGGACUUCUGCUUCACGGGAGAACACGACGGAUGUUAGAGAGUUAAUCCCCGAAUUUUACUAUUUACCCGAUUUCCUUAUCAAUUCAAACAAUUUCAAAUUUGGACAUUUACAAAAUGGGGAAAAAUGUGAUAACGUUAAAUUGCCUCCAUGGGCUAAAGGAGAUCCGAAAUUGUUUAUUGCGAAAAAUAGGGAAGCUUUGGAAAGUCCGUAUGUUUCAGCAAACUUGCAUUUGUGGAUCGAUUUGAUUUUUGGAUUCAAGCAAAGUGGGCAAGAUGCCAUUGACUCGUUGAAUGUAUUCCAUCACUACUCCUAUAAUGGAGCAAUUGAUUUGGAUAAUAUCGAAGAUGAUGUGCAAAAGCGUGCAAUCAUUGGUAUGAUUAACAAUUUUGGUCAAACUCCAGCAAAAGUGUUUACGAAACCACAUGUAAUGAAAGAGGUUUUAAAUUUGCCCUCGUAUUACUUGACGUUGUUGAAUACUGAAGUUUCGCCUGCUUUGGUGUUUGAAUCAAAGAUUAAGGAACCAAUAACUAAAUUAGAGAUCAGCGUCAGAAAUCCUCAUCGAUGGGUUGGAAGGCACAAAUGUGUUUCAUGCGAGGACGGAUUAUUGAUUCGAAAGUCAAAGUUGUCAAACUUUGCCAAUGGCUCUUUAAUUAUCAACGACACCACCCUCACCAACAUCCAUUCAUGUGAUAUCACAUUCAUCUUGCAGAUUGGGUCCAAGACAUUUUUAACUGGAGCAGAGAAUGGAUUGAUUUCAGUUUGGAAAUGUCACGUGAAACCUCAACUAUCAUUGGAUCAUAUAAAUACAUUAAGGGGUCAUUUUCGCCCAAUUACAAGCAUUACUUGUAGUAAGAGUUUCAAAAUUGGCAUCAGUGUGGACGAAAAUGGCGUAGUUAUUUUAUGGGAUUUGACAAGAUUCACAUUUGUUAGAAAGUUUACCCAUGUCGAUGACUCUCCUACAAGAUGUUUUGCCAGCAUAUCAAAUGAUUCGGGAAUGAUAGCCAUACUACGAGGAAAUGAAGACCAGGGCAAGUUGAGUCUAUACAAUGUGAAUGGCGGCCACAUCAUUUCCAGAGCAAUUGAUGAUUUCAACAACGUGACAACAAUAACUUUUGGAACGGCAAGUAUACCAGGAGUUAGUGGUGGUAGACCGGGUACUUCUCAUAGUCACGUAUAUUGGCCCAAUGAGCUUGUGGUAAUAGCACGGAAAGAGCGAGUGGAGAUAUGGGAGUUGUUGCAUGAUUCUGAAGCUGGAUGGGCGUUGAACCUUUUACAAGGGUUUCCAAUUCGCGAUAUCAGCGGGAAGAUUACGACAAUUUGUUUAUUGAAAUGCUCAGAAAUCGACAACGAAGAUAAAUUAAUACGUGGAGUGUUGAAGUUGAUGAUUGGUGAUUCUACAGGAAAAGUGUAUGUUGUAUAG